UCCCGUUAAAGUAGUUUAAUAUUCCCUCCCAGACGAAAGCCUCUGCUCAACUUCAGCCUCUGCGAUUCGUCACGCGCACACUCAUUGACUCCGUUGCACACAGAACCUUCCUGAACCGAAGUGACGCAUUCUUCCUCUCUUCAGCUUUGUUGGAACCAAGGGAACACGCAGUAUUAAUCUCUCCGCAAAAAUAGUGGAUCAUGGCCUCCGUUAUGCAGAAGCUCAUCACCCCCCUGAGCAGCGGCCCCAGUGAGGCCCCCAGGAACAAGGUGACCGUGGUGGGAGUGGGGCAGGUGGGCAUGGCCUGUGCUGUCAGCAUCCUGCUGCGGGAGAUGGCUGAUGAGUUGGCUCUGGUGGAUGUCAUUGAGGACAAACUGAAAGGGGAGAUGAUGGACCUGCAGCACGGAAGCCUCUUCCUUAAGACACCCAAAAUCGUAGCUGAUAAAGACUACUCCGUGACGGCCAACUCCCGCAUCGUCGUGGUGACGGCUGGGGUGCGUCAGCAGGAGGGCGAGAGCCGGCUGAACCUGGUGCAGAGGAACGUCAACAUCUUCAAGCAUAUCAUUCCGCAGAUCAUCAAGUACAGCCCUGACUGCAUCCUCGUUGUGGUGUCCAAUCCAGUGGACGUCCUGACCUAUGUGACCUGGAAGCUCAGUGGCCUGCCCAAGCACCGUGUCAUCGGCAGCGGAACCAACCUGGACUCCGCCCGCUUCCGCUAUCUGAUGGCCGAAAAACUGGGCAUCCACUCCACCAGCUUCAACGGCUGGAUCCUCGGAGAGCACGGAGACUCCAGCGUGCCUGUGUGGAGCGGUGCCAACGUGGCAGGGGUGAAUCUGCAGAAGUUGAACCCUGAUAUCGGCACUGAUGCUGACAAAGAGAACUGGAAGGAUGCGCACAAGAUGGUGGUGGACAGUGCUUAUGAAGUGAUCAGGCUGAAGGGCUACACUAACUGGGCCAUCGGUCUGAGUGUGGCUGACCUGGCUGAGUCCCUCAUCAAAAACCUGAACAGGAUCCACCCUGUUUCCACCAUGGUCAAGGGCAUGUACGGGAUCAGUGAUGAGGUGUACCUGAGCCUGCCCUGCGUGCUGAACAACGGCGGCGUGAGCAGCGUCAUCAACAUGACCCUGACGGACGAGGAGAUCGCUCAGCUGAAGAAGAGCGCUGACACUCUGUGGGGCAUCCAGAAGGAUCUGAAGGACCUGUAAUUCCCUGAUGCACCAGCAGAGGGCGCAUCACACUCCGAAAUCCUCCAUUCACCACGUCUGCACUACAGUCCUCUCCUGCCGUUACUGCUACACUCUUCCUCCUCUCUCCUACCUUUACUAUUGCACUCCACCUCUUUCUGAACAAUACUGCUACACUCCAACGCCUAUCUUGUGCUUUCACCAACACACUCCCACUGCUCAUCAAUUCACUUCAGGAGUAACUGUGUGUCCUUAUCCCCCUCAUAGACUGUGAUCAGGUUUUUUAAUUUUUUAACAUUUCAGAAUGACACCUAGACUUAUUUUGCCACGUGCUCUCUAUGUGCGACUAUUUGGGCAUGGUGAGACAGAAAAGAGCCUCUGAUUCUCUCUGCCAAGGUCACAGGGAAAGCAUAGUGAGGAGCAUAAGAUUGGCCAUACUGUUACUGUUAGUUCUGUUGUACUUUGUGGUGAACAGUGUCCAUGACUAAAUAAAACAUAUGAGCUCA